AUGUCUCAAUACGUGGGCAAGACCCGCCUCGCCUACUCGCGCGCCUGGCAUCAAUGCGACCUCUCAUCAGACCCUCGACCCCUCGGCCGCAUUGCCAGUCAAAUCGCCAUCGUACUCAUGGGCAAGCACAAACCGAUCUACAACCCCAGCACCGACUGCGGCGACUACGUCGUCUGCACCGGCUGCAAGGACCUGCAUGUGACGGGCAAGAAGAUGCAGCAGAAGAAGUACUACUCGCACACAACAAGACCUGGCUCGCUCAAAGAAAUUACGAUGGAGAAGAUGCAGGAGAAGUGGGGUGGAGGGGAGGUGCUGAGGAGGGCGGUACGAGGGAUGCUGCCGAAGAAUCGGUUAAGAGACGAUCGGAUGGCGAGAUUGAAGUGCUUCGAGGGCCCCUAUCAUCCUUACAAGCAGAACAUCCUAAGACUUGGACGAGAAUCACGAAUAUCUGGGCUCCCGCAGGUUCAGGAGACUUUACGAACGGCAUCCCAGCCCGUGGAGCCAUCGCAGGCAGCACCGCAAUGA